UUAACACAGAAUAGGAAAUCCUAUAGUAGCAGAAAGUCAGAGACCUACAAUUCAUUUCUAGUCACGUCAACAGUUCUGCAAGAGCCUGAAUGCCAAGGGGAUGGCACAUGACACUUCUCUCACAGGCUUUCGACUGGUUGUGUUGGUCCUUGCAGCAUUGACUGUUAAUGCAGUGUGUUUGAUCUGGAUUUGUUCUGUCAAGCAUGGUGAAUCGUCGCCAGGAGCUGGAGUGUUUCCAGUUCAUGACUUGGCCAAAUUCCUCAGAAGUCCCUCCUCUAAUUCUAGUGUGUUCUUUAAAGCUCUCCCCACCAAACAGAGCUUUGCUGAGCUAGGUGAGCUGGAGUGGGAGGAAGAGAGGAAGGAGAUGGACAGUAUGUUCCUGACCAAGAGUAGGACCCACAUCCAGGUGACUGAGUCAGGCUGGUACCUGGUCUUUGUCCAAGUCACCUUCAAGCUGCCAGCAGGGAAGGAGACCAGAGACCUAAUGCUAAGGCUGGAUUUCGCCUUUUCGGAACAGACGGACCAGAUUGCCAGUGCCUUCGACAAACGGCAGUUGCUGGAAGAGGAGCAAGACGCCACUCUGAGUUUCUCUGUCCUUGUGCGGGUGGGGCCGGAGAAUAGACUGUCUGUCCUGGCAAGCCACAGGGCCCUGAUUGAUUAUGAGAGGAGACCAGUCUCCACCUACAUCACCAUCAUUAGAUGCUCUGACUAGCCAAACUGGGCUGGCGUGUGGGCCAAGGUCUACUAGCUUUGGAAUCACUGUCUGUAUGCCAAUCAAAUGCCCACACUUAACAAUGAAAGAAACAAGUAUGUCACCACGACCAAUCUCUAAGCUGAAUAUCAGUGUAAAGGUGACCGAAUGCUUUCCAGCCGAAACAGUUAGGAAGAGUUGGUGCAUAGAGUUGAAGUCGUAAGUUUACAUACUCCUUAGCCAAAUACAUUUAAACUCAGUUUUUCACAAUUCCUGACAUGUAAUCCUAGUAAAAUGUCCCUGUCCUAAGUCAGUUAGGAUCACUACUUUAUUUUAAGAAUGUGAAAUGUCAGAAUAAUAGUAAAGAGAAUGACCUAUUUCAGCUUUUAUUUCUUUCAUCACAUUCCGAGUGGGCCAGAAGUUUACAUUUACACUCAAUUAGUAUUUGGUAGCAUUAGCCUAUCAGAAGCUUCUAAAGCCAUGACAUAAUUUUCUGGAAUUUUCCAAGCUGUUUAAAGGCACAGUUAACUUAGUGUAUGUAAACUUCUGACCCACUGGAAUUGUGGUACCGCAAAUUAUAAAUGAAAUAAUCUGUCUGUAAACAAUUGUUGGAAAAAUGACUUGUGUCAUGUACAAAGUAGAUGCACUAACCGACUUGCCAAAACUAUAGUUUGUUUACAAGAAAUUUGUGGAGUGGUUGAAAAACAAGUUUUAAUGACUUCAACCUAAGUGUAUAUAAACACAUAUAUAUAUAUAUAUAUAUAUAUCCAUUGAUUCUUGAAGAAUAUAACUUAAAAAUGCCUCAUGAGCUUAGUUCAACUGUGAGAACCCCAAAUAUUAGCUUGUUUUACUCCAAUGUUAGCAAACAUUCAAUGUAAGCAAACACUGUGUAGCCUCAUAACAUGGUUUUAACAAUAAUUUUGAUAUCAAAGAUGGCCAGUCCUUGCAUCCGUAGCUCUGUCUAUUCAUCUGAGAGUGGUUACAUUUAUCCAGGGCCAUCCCUCAGCUUUUUACUAAAACAGAGGCGGGGCGACUGUUUUGUUGUUGUUUGGAUUUGCCCUUUAAACAGCUGCAUAUUAUCAAUAUAUCAAAGUGUCACCACCAAAAAGGUAAACAAUAGGCCUAUAGCAAAUGCAGCAUAUGUCAUUCAUUUUCACAGUAGUGCUCAAAGCAAGCCAUUCCAUGAGCGCAGCAUUUAUUUUCAACUCGAAUCAAUGAGCACAAUCAGUCUUCCAGGACAACAAAAUCAUAAACAACAGAGUAGGGCUGGUUAAUAAGACCUUAGUUUUGGGGUUAUGCUCAGGUAAAACAAUAUGGCUGAUCUAUACUUCCAUAUUUCCAAGUCCUAUUCCUAAAGAUCAAGGGGUAUAACAUUUAUUGGAAUGACUGGAAUUCUGAUAGACUGGUAUUUAAUGUUAAGAUAUAAUUUUAUCGUAUUAUUAUAGGUGGUAGAACGUGAUGGGUUAGAAGAAGCCUACAUAACCAACCCAUAAAUUGCUAUUUAACAUCCAUAUAUAGCCAGCUAUGUAAACUUUAACAAUGAUUUAUCCUGCAAUAGAUGUUGUUCAAUUGGUAACAUACAUUUUUGUCUUCUAAUGCCUCUUAAGGGGAAAUAAAUAUAAAAGUAACUGAAUGUAA